UUUAAACUUUCCAAGAAUUCGAAGAUCGGCGUGUUCGCGAUCCCCCCGCUCUAGUGUUCGUGGCCCCCCGGAGCAUUCCCGGUGAAGAUAGUGGUUUUCCCCGCGGAGAGUGUCCACGGGAAGCAGAAGAAGCGCGGUGAAAGUUCGGAAGAAGUGCACGAAGAUCGUUGUUCCGGUGGCAGAAAACCGGGCUACUAGUGAUAGUUUUGUUUUCCACCAUUUCCUCGGCUCGAAAGCCCAUCAAGUUUUAUUGUGUAAGGCUCCUGUGCGUAGUGUAGUGAAAGAAAGGGUCACUCGGAUUAGGGGCGAAACGACACGGUGUUGCUUUUUCUCUGCCGUGCAGAAAGAAAGCAAAAGUAGCCACAGCAUCCCAGCAAUCCCUCUUCAGGUUACCCCGUUCAGCCGUCAAAAUGAACAAAUCCUGCGCCCGCUGCCAGAAGGUGGUCUACCCGAUCGAGGAGCUAAAAUGUUUGGACAAGACCUGGCACAAGACGUGCUUCAAGUGCCACGAGUGUGGCAUGACGCUCAACAUGAAGACGUACAAAGGAUUCAACAAACUGCCGUACUGUGAAGCACAUAUUCCAAAAGCCAAAGCUACGACGAUCGCGGAGACGCCGGAGUUUAAGCGGAUCGCGGAAAAUACCAAAAUUCAAUCGAACGUCAAAUAUCACGCCGACUUCGAGAAGCUGAAAGGCAAAGUAACGCAGGUCGCCGAUGAUCCGGAAACGCUGCGAAUCAAGCAGAACACGAAAAAUAUAUCCAACGUCGCGUACCACGGCGACCUGCAGAAGAAGGCGGCCAUGGAGCGCCAGCGCGAGUGCACGGAAAUCAUCGACAGCAAAGAUAACAACGAUCUGGAGUCGGAGUACUUUUCCGAGCAGCUGGCCGCUGAAUCGUUACCCCACUAUCAGCCACCGCCGCCGCCACCGGUUGUGGCACCGGCCUCGGUCGGCUCUUCGCAGCAUCAGCAUCAGCAGCAGGGCAACAACAAUGGCGGCCUGGCGAUCGGCCCAACCAAUGCCACCUCCCAGCAGGCCCAGAUCAUUUCCACGGCAAACAUUACCAAACACAACCAGGCCAACAACUACCAAGCAUCACUUCAGCACCAGCAACAACAGUACCAGCAGCACAGUGGCAUCAACAACAACAAGGCGGCCGCCGGUGCUUACCAUCAACAGCAGCAGCAGGGCUAUCCAGCGGCUGCAGCGGCCGCCGGCGCAGCGGCCUACCAUCACGCCAGCAACAAUGGAAGCGCGGAGCUGGUGCGCCACUCGGUGCUACAGAACUCCCAGACCCCGUCGGGCGGGGUGGCCGCCACCCAGCAGAAGUAUUACGAUCCGUACGAAAACUAUGCCCGCCCGAACCCGGCCGCCAAUCAGGUGAACAACAAUCACCACUACCAUCACAGUCAGCAGCAGCAGCAACAGCAACACUUGCACCACCAUCAUCAGCAGCACGUGGGCGGCGGUGGUGGUGGCGGUGGCGGCGUAAUGAACGAUCGUAGCAAUGGCUCCACGGCUGCUGCGGCCUACCAUCAUCAACACGCACAGCAACAUCAGCAAGCAGGCAACAACCAUCAGCAUCAACAUCAUCACCAUCAGCAGCAGCAGCAGGCAGCAGCAGGAUCAGCCGCCGGGCUGAUGGAUCCGUACGGUGCUCAGCAACAGCAGCGGUACAGCGCUGCCAACGGUGCUGGGGUCAGCCAGUACGGCGGUGCUGCGACGGCGCUCCAUGCUCAGCAGCAGCAGCAGCAACAACACUUGUACCAAUACAACAAUGGCAACAUCGGCAACGGUGCGGCCACGGGUUCCGCUGCUGCGGCGGCCGCCAACAUUGGGAAGAUCGCCGACUACGACCCGCUGACCGAUGGGCCACGGAACAUGCCACAGCCCAACCGCCAGAGUGCCACGCUGAUCUACAGCUCCGGUAGCAUGGCAUCGAACAAUAAUCGACGAAUUGGUUCCGUGAACGAUAUCGAUCCGGUGAACGGUUACUAUGGCUCGGUCGCGGAAAACUCUCAGGCCGCUCUGUACCAACAGCAGCAGCAGCAGCAGCAACAACAACAGCAGCAACAGCAGCUCUAUCAACAACAGCAGCAACACCGGCAAUCGCAACAACAGCAGCAGCAGCAGCAACCGCAGUACAUUCAACCACCGCAGCAGUACGCGGCACCUGCUUCGAAUGCGACCGGCAAGUCGAUGAGCAAAGUGCGCGUCUACCGGGCACUGUACGACUACGAGGCGCAGGAUAGCGAUGAGGUCGGUUUCAGCGAGGGCGAUCUGAUCAUCGAAGUCAACUCGAUCGAUGCCGGCUGGAUGACUGGGCGGGUCGAACGCACCGGCAUGACCGGCAUGCUUCCGGCGAACUACGUCGAGCUGAUGAAGAUAUAAACCGGCGCGGCGUGAGGAUUAACCCGCCUGCGCAUCAGUUUGGUCGCUGCCCGGGACACCAUCCCCAAAGGGGGGCAACGAUGCAGCGAAGAGAACGAAACAAUCACACAACACAGACCGGCGAUCUGCACGCGAGCCGAGUGCAUUGUUAAAAGUAUUUACGCUGUUCGAUCCUCACUGAGCGUUGGCUAGGGUAGUGCUAGUUUCGGUGCUUAUUCGACGCGGAAGAAUCAUUCGACGGUCGAACGAAGCAGGAGCGGAUCGGAACGGGACAAAAUUCCGGAAGUGUCUAUAGCGGCAGAGAGUUAGAGGAGAACCCCGGGCAGCUAAUGGGUAGCGAACAUUAAUCCACGCGAGAGGAAUAGAACACGAUGGAUGGGUCGUUGGAUUUAAUUUAAUUUCUUUUUUGUUAUCUUUUUUUAAUUAUUAUUAGUAUAUAUCUAUAUAACAUAGUAUUUUAUUAUCAUCACUACAGGCCGUUGCAAAAACGGUGGCUGGGCAGUCCGCCCGUGGUGAUUUUGGUGCGAAACACGAAGAACAGAACUACAUUAGGGAAGUAAAUGGACACAAAGUAAAGGAAACACGCUACUGCGCAUAUAGCGCAGCAGAGUACAUUGCCACGAAAGAACCGUUAUUUAUGUAUGGCACCGCGCCGGCGAUCUUUCCCCGAGCUGGUGCUGUCGGAGUGAGGAUAACCGCAGAUCGUCCGACGGGGCACGAUCGAACAGUGUGCUAAUCUUGAACAAUAGAAUCACCGAUAGUGUGUAACACGUAUUCUAGUUACUGGCCAACGCAUGGAUGAUUGAACAGAAGCGUUUUGUAAUAUUUGUACUGUAGAGUAUCGCAUUUUUAUACUGUAGCCUCCGUUGGUGGUUUCUAACGACUGGGUGGGUGCUUUGGCCGCCCGAAACGAUUCGUGCCUGAUAAGUAAAUCAAUAUCGCUGUCGCCACUCCCUGCCACCACUCUUCCGUUUCUGUAGCCACCGAAAUGCCACACCACAAGCAGCCGGCGGGCAGAAAGGCAGACAGGCAGGCAGGCAGGCAGGCAGGAAUUAACGGUGAACUGGCGGCGAAACAAGAAACUAUUGUAUACAAAAUCGUAAUCGUUAAGUACGAAUAAUCACGAAAUAUGUUAGAACAAAACAUUAUUGAAUAAUAUACCACUAUCAAAAUAUUCCCUAUCCUCCCCGAAGUGCGACGCGGAGACCGACGAUCGAGGGUCGAUCGAGUGCAAAGAAAUAGGAACAAAUUGUGUAGCAAAGUGUAGCGUCGGAGAGGAAAAACUAAUAUCAACACCACUGCGCCUUAGGAUAGAGUGUCCCUGAACCGCCCUUUGCGCCGUUAUGUGCUUUAUCCAUGGACGUUUACCCUUUCCGGUAAACACCCAUCGUUCCAACCUCCAGAGUUGGAUGAGCCUUCAUUGAGAUUGAGCCCUUUAACGGUGUGAAACCCACAAGAUUGAUCACAUUCAAGCCCGAUCGCGUCAACUGACGUAACAAGAGUCGCAAUCCAUAACCGGAUCCACAGUCUCGUUGUUCCGUUAAACAAAAAAAGAGUCCGUUAUUGUUUUGUAAUGUAAAACCAUAGUGAGGUAAUAGUUUUAUUAAACUACUUCGUAAUAAAAAAGUCAGUAUCUUGGGAAGACGCAUGAUGCAGCUAACGAAAACCGGUCAGAA